AUGGCGUCAACGAAUUCAACCCACAGCCUGGACGUUGGUAGCUGUAAACCACUCUUACGCUCCCUCAAAACUCAAAUAAACAAUUUCAAAAAUGGGAUCUCAGUUCCGCAACCAGUGGACCAUCCAAUGCACACGCCACCUUCACUCGAAGGCUUGCAGAUCGUCGAUCACACUUUCACAAUAACAUCUGAGCCUGAAGAUGAUUCACGGCCUUCCUGGUUUUCUAAUUCAAUCAACAACCUCAAGCAAUCGCUGCCAAAGCCCUACAACGAAUCGCAUACAAUCGAAUUUGGAAAGGUUCAGCUACAGGCGUCUGCUCAAUAUAAGGGCAUGUACUUUAUGCCGCCACGGGUGCGCAUCCCUGGUAAAUUUACGGAUGUCGCUGAUGGCUUCAUUGCGUCAUUGCCGAAUAAAGUACCAAAUGAGGAGAAAGAAUGGUUGAAAGCUAACGGGUUUGGAUACAUUAAGAGUGAUGAAGAUACAAGCAUUUUGAAGAGGGUUAAUGGCUGGGUUAAUGCUGCUGUUGCUGUUGGUACGCUGUCUCAAAAUCAAUCUGUGGCAAAUGUUUUACCCACAGCCAAACUAAUAACAUGUCCUACCUCAUCGGAUAAUGCUGAAGAUGUUGAAUUUCAAAUUAUCAUAACUCUCAAGGUUUUCCUGAAGCAGAAACUCAUUCAAGAAGCUCCAAAUGACUCGUUGAAGCUGCUUUUAAUGCGGUAUAAACCACCGCUUGUGCCUAAGCCUACCACACCAAUCAGGCUGUCUACUCAGUUUUUCUAUUCUAUCCUUCAACCAGCAACCCCAAUUGCCAACACUGUCAGCACCAGUUAUCUCAAAACGCCUCUCAAAGACUUCCAAAAAAGCUCAAUUGAGUUCAUGCAGGGGCGGGAAGACAAUCCAGACAAUAUUAUUGAGCCUGGAUGGAUCCAGUUGACAGACGAGUGGCAGUACUCUGCGAUAUCAGCACAAUUUAGGCAAAACAAUCAACCACCCAAGACCUCUAUCAAUGGCAGUAUGUUGUGCGAGGAGAUGGGCUUAGGAAAGACUGUUGAGAUACUCGGUCUCAUUGCCCAAAAUAAAGAGCGAGCUCAAGAAUGGUCCAACCAAGAAACUGAAUCAUACCAACGUUUUGUGAAGACUUCGCUGAUAGUCACACCAGAUCACUUGUUGCAGCAAUGGGUAGACGAGGCCAGAGAGCAUACUCCUGAUCUCAAAUUGCUUGUAUAUAAUGGCUAUAAAAGCAUGGAUGCUCUGCUCACAUCCGCAAGAAUUGCCAAUACAGUAGCGAAGGGAGAGCCAGGAGAGCCAGAAGAGUUAGAGGGGAAACCUUUAUCAGCAUCACCACCGCCUCAAACACAAGUGAAACAGGAAGAAGACAUUGAGCCUCCUCCCACAAAAAAGAAAGUGAAAAAGCAAGAUGAUGACGAUUUUGUCCCGCAAUUCUCCAUCCAACAGCUUGAACUCUUUAACUCGAGUGGCUCAAAAUCUCAGCGUGACUUUCUUGCAGAUGGCACGCGCGUUAACCUUACAGGUGGUACUAAGCGGAAAGCCCCACAGCCCAAGUACACGUUUGAUAGUUUUGGAAGCCUUAAAGAGUGCAAACAGCAUGGUUUGGAGUACGUGGAUAACUUCCCACAACUCUUUAGUUUCAUGAAUAAUCACGAUAACUUUGACUAUGAAAGUAAAAGCGUUCUCACCAACAGGAGUAUCGUCCAAGACUUUUUUAAUCAGUUUGACCUCAUCCUCAGUACAUACAGCACUUUUUCAAAAGAUUUAGUGGUUGCUCAUGAGCGCCAACCUAGAGCACGUAGAAACGGUGUAGAGUACAAAAACGACUACAUACCCAUGUCACCGCUAGUCUCAUGCACCUUCUAUCGUGUCGCUCAAGAUGAGAUUCAAUUGUCUGGAGUUAAGAAGUCCGCCGAAAUGACAGCACUCAUUCCCCGCCAAACGUCUGUCGCUUGUUCAGGCACUCCGAUUACUGGCUCUAUUGAACAGCUUCUGCCCAUACUUCGCUAUCUUGGAUUUCAGUUAGAUGGUCGACUUAUUGAUAAGAAAACCUUCGCGGCUUUUGCGACUCAUGGUUUAUCGCAUGACUUCACGCGACUAAUACAGAGCAUUUGCGUGCGCACAACCAAAGAUCAUGUAAAGAAGCAGUUGCAAAUUCCUCCACUCCAGCGUUACAUAGUUCCACUGAAUAUGGGAGCUGCUGAGCAGGCAUACAUUGAUGAGCAGUACAAGCAAGCGCUCAGUGAAAUUGGUUUGAAUGAACGCGGCGACUAUUUGGAUGCUAAUGAUCCUUCCUUUGAUAUCAGCAAGCUAAGAGUUUGGAUAACAAAGCUCAGGCAACUCACCACACAUCCUCAGACACACUCAGCUACGAAAGACAUUAUAGGAAAAACAUUUAGAACCGUUGAUCAAGUGCUAGAUAGGAUGAUUGAGAGUUCAUAUUCUCAUAUCGUUACAGAACAAAGAUCCGCUUUGGCAUCUUCCGUUAAAGUUGCAAGACUGCGGCUACUUCUCGAUCCACCUAAUCGUGAUGGAGCAAAGUUACUACUUAUGACAGUACUUUCUGAAGCUAAUCAAGUCCUUGAGAAUGCUCAGGAACAGAUUCAUCAACAUAGAGUGAAAAAGCCGAAGGACGUUGUUGAGGAUAUUGUUGAGCACACGGGUGCUGUUAUUGCUUUUAAAGAAAAGUCCAAUGACGUCGUUGAGACAGCUGAAGAAGCACAAUCGAGGAAGGACUGGCAGUCCCAUCUUUCGAACCUCUUGAAUAGACACCGCGACAUGCUAUUGGUUAUCCAUCAAGCGCAUUUAAUUCUCGGUGAUAUUGGCCACCAACAGCAAGUACAAGAGGAAGAGGAUAUCAAUUAUACCGCCGCUGAUGCUGAUAGAGCAAAAUUACUUAGUCAUGCCAUUGAGAUCUACAACAAACGCGUAGAUGCUCUAUCUGAAAAUAUCAAGAAAAGAAUUGAGCCCAAGAAGGAUGAUCUGAAAAUAAACUAUGUUUCUGGUGUCGAGCUGGGUCUAGACCCUAAUAUCGUUGCUACCGCUAAGCCACUGGCUGAGAUGGCCAAGAAAAAAACGCCAAAGAAGUAUGCUGAGGUUGGCGAGAACGAAGGCAUUGACGAGGAAGGUGUUGAUCGUGAAGAGCGUAUCCCAUCAAUUCUUUUAAAUUUAGAUACAGUCAUUGCCAAACUUAACGAGCUAGCCAACUUCAUUAUUGACAAGCGUCAAAAGAUUCUGGAAGGCAUCCUCAAUCCAAUUGACAAGGUGGAAGCCAGCACUGAAGCAUAUGGAGAGGACGCCGAGCUGCAAGCUAAUCUAGAGAUUUAUUUGGAGGCUUUUGAAUCUUCUAUCAAAGACCGGAGAGAGGUUCUGGGGAUAGUCGACGUAUCAGACGAAAACGAAAAGGGUCUGGUUGGCAAGCGCCGCGCGAACGCAAACGCCAAAGCUAGAGAGGAGAUGAUGCUUGCCAAUGCAAUAGAAGUUGAGAAAGACCAAGUCAUUGACACAGAGCAGGAUGUUCUUCGCCGUCAACUCAAACUUGAACGCCAAGCUCUGCGUAUCACAAAGAAGGAUCGGCCAUUCAGAAAGCUGAUAUCAGAACUAAAGACGGAAUCUAGUAGAAUACCCAAGCAUAACGUUAAGGCGUUCAAGGAGUUGCAAUCGAGACUGCAUGAUGUCUACGACAAGCAACGUGAUUUGACACGCACUCUGAAUCUCGAGAAAGAUGACUUCUUGGGUACUUUCAAUUCUAGAGUUCUUUACUUCAAACAGUUACAGAUUUUGAGUGAUUCUGUUGCCCCACUUGACGUUGAGAGGCAGGAAGAGGGUGACCGUACUAUUCUUCAAGAAAUCGCAGAAGCUGAUAGGAUAGAGGCUGUCGCGUCGCGCAAUGUUCAAGGAGGUAGAGCGAAAUUGAACUAUCUGCAUCAUAUCAAGAAUUCGUCCGAAGAUGAUGCAAGCGAGUGUGCCAUAUGUACGCUGCCAUUUACUAAUGGUGUGAUUACUUCUUGUGGACACAUAUUCUGUCAGUCUUGUCUCAAUAGGUGGUUUCAGUCAAGACCUGAGUGUCCACAUUGCAGAACAAAGUUGUCUUCAUCAUCUCUUCACAAAAUCAAGGUCCACAAAACUUCACAGGGUAAAGAGAAAAGUGUUGAGACUGAAAGUGACAACUCAAAUGUUCAAGCAAUAGGAGAGACUAUCCAGAAGCGAGUUCGACCACAGUAUAAUAUCAUCCCGUCCCAUGAAAUGUUUGAAAUAGAGGAACAGAAGAUCUUCACCCAAGGACAUGGUGUGAAGAUCGACACCCUCUGCAAGCACAUCUUGACGCUUCGAGCCCAAAAAGUAAAGUCAGUUGUCUUUUCUUCGUGGCAAAGUGGUAUGCAGAUCGUAGAACGAGCAUUCCAGAAAAACGAUAUCACGUAUACACUUGGGAGCGAUGUCAGAAAGCUAGAAAUGUUCAAGAAGUCUGAUGAUGUGGAUGUCUGUUUACUGAAUGGUGAGCGUCAAUCGAGUGGAUUGAAUUUAACGAUGGCUUCUGUCGUUAUUUUUAUUGAUCCAAUCGCAAAUUUUCCACUAGAGUUGCAAGCUAUCGGGAGAGUCGAUAGAAUGGGCCAACACCAAUCCGUCAAGGUAUACACUUAUGCAUCCACAGACACUAUCGAUGAAGCAAUACUAGAUUUGGCUGCUUUGAAAGGCCAAUCACUUUAUAUCAAGAGUCAACAGAAUGCGACACUCUCAACCAACGAUAUGGAAAGUCUGGAGAAAGCACAAACAAAGGGUGAUUUUAUCGCAAAAAAGGACGAUUUGUUGUCAUUACUGUUGCCCGACGUGCACAUUCCCUCUUUCACGCCUGUAGCUGAUCUAGCAUCUCAGAUGUCUGACAGCGCUGAGAACGUUGAUGCGAAUGUCGACGUCAAAAUCGAGGAUUAG